CCCGGAGCUUCAGAGCGGGACUGAGGGAGUGAAUGAGCCGCUGCAGGAGGAGCAGGAGAGACAGACGGAGGAAACGCUGAAUCGGAUACUUAAACGUUACAUCUGCGCUUUAAAAAAAACAAAAAACAAACUCAAAACCGGGACAUGAAGUCCGUAUUUUAAACUCGUUGAUAACUUGACUCCAGCCCAAGAUGACGGUGGAUUUUGAAGAAUGUAUUAAGGAUUCCCCCCGCUUUAGGGCAAAUAUCGACGAGGUGGAGAAUGACGUUGUGGAGAUUGAAGCAAAACUAGAUAAGCUGGUGAAGCUAUGCAGCGGGAUGAUUGAAGCAGGGAAGGCGUACGUCAGCGCCAACAAGCUGUUCGUCAACGGCAUUCGGGAUCUGUCUCAGCAGUGCAAGAAGGACGAGAUGAUCUCGGAGUGCCUGGAAAAGUGCGGUGAAAGCCUCCAGGAAAUCAUCAACUACCACAUGAUCCUGUUCGAUCAAGCUCAGCGCUCGGUGAAGCAGCAGUUGCACAACUUUGUGAAAGAGGAUGUUCGGAAGUUCAAGGACACGAAGAAGCACUUCGACAGGGUGCGAGAGGACAUGGAGAUAGCGCAGGUGAAGAACGCUCAGGCGCCCAGGAACAAACCUCACGAGGUGGAAGAGGCCGCCGGCACGCUCAGCAUCACCCGGAAGUGUUUCAGACACCUCGCCCUGGACUACGUGCUCCAGAUCAACGUCCUCCAGGCCAAGAAGAAAUUUGAGAUCCUGGAUGCUAUGCUGUCGUUCAUGCACGCCCAGUACUCCCUGUUCCAGCAGGGCUACAACCUGCUGGAUGAGAUCGACCCGUACAUGAAGAAACUGGCUGCUGAGCUGGAUCAGCUGGUGAUUGAUUCAGCCAUGGAGAAGAGGGAGAUGGAGCAUAAACAUGCAACUAUUCAGCAGAGGACGCUCUUGCAGGACUUUUCAUAUGACGACUCUAAGGUGGAGUUCAAUGUCGACGCUCCCAAUGGUGUGGUGAUGGAGGGCUACUUGUUCAAGAGGGCCAGCAAUGCCUUCAAGACCUGGAACAGACGGUGGUUUUCCAUACAGAACAGUCAGCUGGUCUAUCAGAAGAAACUUAAGGAUUCUCUGACGGUGGUGGUGGAGGACCUCAGGCUGUGCUCUGUGAAACCGUGCGAGGACAUCGAGAGGAGGUUCUGCUUUGAGGUCGUCUCCCCCUUCAAGAGCUGCAUGCUGCAGGCUGACUCUGAGAAGCUAAGACAAGCGUGGAUUCAAGCAGUUCAAGCUAGCAUUGCAUCGGCCUACAGAGAGAGCCCAGACACGUACUAUAUAGAGCAUCUGGACAGAACAGCGUCUCCGUCCACCAGCAGUAUCGACUCAGCCAGUGAGCCGCGGGAGCGCAGCGUUCGAGGGGAGACCAUCCUGCAGAGGAUCCAGUGUCUGCCGGGGAACGAGCAGUGCUGUGACUGCGGCCAGGCCGACCCUCGCUGGGCCUCCAUCAACCUGGGCAUCCUGCUGUGCAUCGAGUGCUCAGGCAUCCACAGGAGUCUCGGGGUUCACUGUUCGAAGGUUCGCUCACUCACGCUGGACUCCUGGGAACCAGAAUUAUUAAAGUUAAUGUGUGAGCUCGGAAACAGUGUCAUCAACCACAUCUAUGAAGGCUCCUACCAGGAACAAGGUCUAAAAAAACCUCUACCGUCCAGUUCCAGGCAGGAGAAGGAGGCUUGGAUCAAGGCGAAGUACGUCGAGAAGAAAUACCUGAAGAAACUCGGCUCCACAGAAAUACUCAUCAACGGGGAGAGGAAGUCGGAGCGGCGUUGGAGCGUGAAGAAAUGCCGGAGACACAACAGCGCCACGACGGUACCUAAAACACGACGGAGAUACCGACAAGAGCCUGGAAGCACCUCCCCCUCCACCCUCUCUGCAGCUGCUAAGUUCAGACGAGACUCGCUCUUUUGUCCUGAUGAGCUGGACUCGCUCUUCUCAUACUUUGACACUGGAUCGGGCCCGCGAAGUCCGGCAGGCCUGAGCAGUGACAGCGGGUUGGGAGGCAGCACAGACGGCAGCACAGACAUCCUGGUGUUUGGCUCGGUGGUGGACAGCGUCACAGAGGAGUGCGAGGUGUCGGAGGACUCGAGCGGGGAGGCUGAGUUGGAGGCGGAGCCGGAGACGUCAGACCCGGAGGACAUAAGAGACCUUCAUCCCGGGGCGCUGCUCUACAAAGCCUCCAAAGCUCGCAACCUGCCCGUCAUGGCAGAAGCUCUGGCCCACGGCGCCGACGUCAAUUCUGUCAACGAUGACGACGAAGGAAAAACGCCCCUCAUACAGGCCGUGGUCGGGGGUUCGUUGAUCGCCUGCGAGUUCCUGCUGCAGAACGCUGCUGACGUCAACCAAAGAGACGCGAGAGGGAGGGGUCCGCUGCAUCAUGCCACAUAUCUGGGACACACGGGGCAGGUGUGUUUGUUCCUGAAAAGAGGAGCCACACAGAACGACGGGGACGAGGACGGACAGGACCCUCUGAGUAUAGCUGUGCAGCAGGCCAAUGCAGAUAUCGUCACACUGCUGCGUCUGGCGCGGAUGAACGAGGAGAUGCGGGAGUCCGAGGGACCGUUCGGACAGCCAGGAGACGCCACGUACCUUGACAUCUUCCGGGAGUUUUCCCACAUGGCCUCACACAACCCGGAGAAGCUGAAGCGGAGGAGUGUGCACUUCAGACACUCCUUCAGGUAGUCUGCAAGGAAGAGCAAAGAAUGAAAAGACUUGAAAAUCCUUUCUUUUGUCCCCUCAUUGAGUCAAAAACGUAAAAUCACAAGUCAACCUGAGCUUUGAAGAUGAACCACUUGGAUGUAGAAAGAAAGAUUGCAUUUCAACAUUUAGAAUGAGUUAGCUUCUGUCUUAUUCCACAGAAAAAAAUGUGCAACGUAAAGUGGAUCAUAGUGAAGAAAUAGCUGCAUUUAAGUCGUGUGCUGUUCUUAGAUCUAUGUUUUUAUUUUCCAUGAGGAUUUGCGGGUCUUUUCCUCUUACAUGUAUAUAAAAUUAAAGCUUUUGUACAAUGUUAGAUGAAACUUUUUGAUAAAAUACCGAGCACUUCUUUAGUUUACCUUGUGUUUAAUGAAUUAGUUCGCUGCAUAUGUUCCAUUACUCGUAUCAACAUGUUUGAUUUAUUGAAGGAAAUUCAUCAAUACUUUUACACAUACUUCCUGUUUGUACUGCAUGCAUUUACUCCCGUUAUACUCCAUACAUAAACUUGAAUCUAGCCGUGUGUCAUACCAUCGUCGACCGUUCUGAUGUGGCAGUGUUAUUUCUCCUGAUGAGCAGUUUAUUUUGUCAAAAUGUCUAAAUGACUAUGCUGGUGUAGUCUUUGUGAUGUGUUUUUGUUUGAAUUGACUCUGCAGUACCACUAUGAAAUACUUCUGUUACUGUUUACAUGCUGUAGAAGCAUCAAAUGCUAAUAUAUCAGAAUGAGGAGGAAAUGCUGACGAUCGAUGGAUUGAGAAUAAACAUUGUCCUUGUUAAA